AUGGAAGCAGCAUUGCUCAAACCCCGACCAUUGCACCCAUUGGAAGCGCUGCUCAAACCCCAGAAGCGCGUUGCUCAAACCCUAGAAGCGGCAUCGGAUGGAAGCAGCAUUGCUCAAACCCCAACCACUGCACCAAUUGGAAGCGUUGCUCAAACCCUAGAAGCGGCAGCGGAUGGAAGCAGCAUUGCUCAAACCCCGACCACUGCACCAAUUGGAAGCAUUGCUCAAACCCCGGAGGCUGCACCGAUUGGAAGCAGCAUUGCUCAAACCCCGACCACUGCACCGAUUGGAAGCAGCAUUGCUCAAACCCCGGACGCUGCACCGAUUGGAAGCAGCAUUGCUCAAACCCCGGACGCUGCACCGAUUGGAAGCAGCAUUGCUCAAACCCCGCCGGAGGCAGCAUCGGAUGGCAGCAGCAUUGCUCAACCCCCGCCGGAGGCAACAUCGGAUGGCAGCAGCAUUGCUCAACCCCCGCCGGAGGCAACAUCGGAUGGCAGCAGCAUUGCUCAACCCCCGCCGGAGGCAACAUCGGAUGGCAGCAGCAUUGCUCAACCCCCGCCGGAGGCAACAUCGGAUGGCAGCAGCAUUGCUCAACCCCCGCCGGAGGCAACAUCGGAUGGCAGCAGCAUUGCUCAACCCCCGCCGGAGGCAACAUCGGAUGGCAGCAGCAUUGCUCAACCCCCGCCGGAGGCAACAUCGGAUGGCAGCAGCAUUGCUCAACCCCCGCCGGAGGCAACAUCGGAUGGCAGCAGCAUUGCUCAACCCCCGCCGGAGGCAACAUCGGAUGGCAGCAGCAUUGCUCAACCCCCGCCGGAGGCAACAUCGGAUGGCAGCAGCAUUGCUCAACCCCCGCCGGAGGCAACAUCGGAUGGCAGCAGCAUUGCUCAACCCCCGCCGGAGGCAACAUCGGAUGGCAGCAGCAUUGCUCAACCCCCGCCGGAGGCAACAUCGGAUGGCAGCAGCAUUGCUCAACCCCCGCCGGAGGCAACAUCGGAUGGCAGCAGCAUUGCUCAACCCCCGCCGGAGGCAACAUCGGAUGGCAGCAGCAUUGCUCAACCCCCGCCGGAGGCAACAUCGGAUGGCAGCAGCAUUGCUCAACCCCCGCCGGAGGCAACAUCGGAUGGCAGCAGCAUUGCUCAACCCCCGCCGGAGGCAACAUCGGAUGGCAGCAGCAUUGCUCAACCCCCGCCGGAGGCAACAUCGGAUGGCAGCAGCAUUGCUCAACCCCCGCCGGAGGCAACAUCGGAUGGCAGCAGCAUUGCUCAACCCCCGCCGGAGGCAACAUCGGAUGGCAGCAGCAUUGCUCAACCCCCGCCGGAGGCAACAUCGGAUGGCAGCAGCAUUGCUCAACCCCCGCCGGAGGCAACAUCGGAUGGCAGCAGCAUUGCUCAACCCCCGCCGGAGGCAACAUCGGAUGGCAGCAGCAUUGCUCAACCCCCGCCGGAGGCAACAUCGGAUGGCAGCAGCAUUGCUCAACCCCCGCCGGAGGCAACAUCGGAUGGCAGCAGCAUUGCUCAACCCCCGCCGGAGGCAACAUCGGAUGGCAGCAGCAUUGCUCAACCCCCGCCGGAGGCAACAUCGGAUGGCAGCAGCAUUGCUCAACCCCCGCCGGAGGCAACAUCGGAUGGCAGCAGCAUUGCUCAACCCCCGCCGGAGGCAACAUCGGAUGGCAGCAGCAUUGCUCAACCCCCGCCGGAGGCAACAUCGGAUGGCAGCAGCAUUGCUCAACCCCCGCCGGAGGCAACAUCGGAUGGCAGCAGCAUUGCUCAACCCCCGCCGGAGGCAACAUCGGAUGGCAGCAGCAUUGCUCAACCCCCGCCGGAGGCAACAUCGGAUGGCAGCAGCAUUGCUCAACCCCCGCCGGAGGCAACAUCGGAUGGCAGCAGCAUUGCUCAACCCCCGCCGGAGGCAACAUCGGAUGGCAGCAGCAUUGCUCAACCCCCGCCGGAGGCAACAUCGGAUGGCAGCAGCAUUGCUCAACCCCCGCCGGAGGCAACAUCGGAUGGCAGCAGCAUUGCUCAACCCCCGCCGGAGGCAACAUCGGAUGGCAGCAGCAUUGCUCAACCCCCGCCGGAGGCAACAUCGGAUGGCAGCAGCAUUGCUCAACCCCCGCCGGAGGCAACAUCGGAUGGCAGCAGCAUUGCUCAACCCCCGCCGGAGGCAACAUCGGAUGGCAGCAGCAUUGCUCAACCCCCGCCGGAGGCAACAUCGGAUGGCAGCAGCAUUGCUCAACCCCCGCCGGAGGCAACAUCGGAUGGCAGCAGCAUUGCUCAACCCCCGCCGGAGGCAACAUCGGAUGGCAGCAGCAUUGCUCAACCCCCGCCGGAGGCAACAUCGGAUGGCAGCAGCAUUGCUCAACCCCCGCCGGAGGCAACAUCGGAUGGCAGCAGCAUUGCUCAACCCCCGCCGGAGGCAACAUCGGAUGGCAGCAGCAUUGCUCAACCCCCGCCGGAGGCAACAUCGGAUGGCAGCAGCAUUGCUCAACCCCCGCCGGAGGCAACAUCGGAUGGCAGCAGCAUUGCUCAACCCCCGCCGGAGGCAACAUCGGAUGGCAGCAGCAUUGCUCAACCCCCGCCGGAGGCAACAUCGGAUGGCAGCAGCAUUGCUCAACCCCCGCCGGAGGCAACAUCGGAUGGCAGCAGCAUUGCUCAACCCCCGCCGGAGGCAACAUCGGAUGGCAGCAGCAUUGCUCAACCCCCGCCGGAGGCAACAUCGGAUGGCAGCAGCAUUGCUCAACCCCCGCCGGAGGCAACAUCGGAUGGCAGCAGCAUUGCUCAACCCCCGCCGGAGGCAACAUCGGAUGGCAGCAGCAUUGCUCAACCCCCGCCGGAGGCAACAUCGGAUGGCAGCAGCAUUGCUCAACCCCCGCCGGAGGCAACAUCGGAUGGCAGCAGCAUUGCUCAACCCCCGCCGGAGGCAACAUCGGAUGGCAGCAGCAUUGCUCAACCCCCGCCGGAGGCAACAUCGGAUGGCAGCAGCAUUGCUCAACCCCCGCCGGAGGCAACAUCGGAUGGCAGCAGCAUUGCUCAACCCCCGCCGGAGGCAACAUCGGAUGGCAGCAGCAUUGCUCAACCCCCGCCGGAGGCAACAUCGGAUGGCAGCAGCAUUGCUCAACCCCCGCCGGAGGCAACAUCGGAUGGCAGCAGCAUUGCUCAACCCCCGCCGGAGGCAACAUCGGAUGGCAGCAGCAUUGCUCAACCCCCGCCGGAGGCAACAUCGGAUGGCAGCAGCAUUGCUCAACCCCCGCCGGAGGCAACAUCGGAUGGCAGCAGCAUUGCUCAACCCCCGCCGGAGGCAACAUCGGAUGGCAGCAGCAUUGCUCAAACCCCGGACGCUGCACCGAUUGGAAGCAGCAUUGCUCAAACCCCGGACGCUGCACCGAUUGGAAGCAGCAUUGCUCAAACCCCGGAGGCUGCACCGAUUGGAAGCAGCAUUGCUCAAACCCCGGAGGCUGCACCGAUUGGAAGCAGCAUUGCUCAAACCCCGGAGGCUGCACCGAUUGGAAGCAUUGCUCUAACCCCAACGAUUGCAUCGACUAGCACACAAGCUUGA